UUAAAAAAGCGCUUGAAAACAAUCUCAGUUUAUCUGUUGAAUUUUGAGCCUCGAUUUUGUCCCCAGAAGCAGAUAAAUGAUACUCAGGGAGCAAUGCACAUUGCUCCUCUUAGAUUCCAGUGGUCCAAUCCACAAUCAUGUGGCCUGGAAUCUCUGUACUCAAACAUCGUAACUAACAUAGGCCUUUUUCAAAACAACCUCUAAUGUGGACUUUUCUUCACAUUUUAGCUUUUCAUUUUCAACUAUGAACAGUUUCUUGCAGAUUGAGCUCUCUAAAUUAAUGGGUUUUUCAGUACAUGAGUUUCUCUCAAUUGGGUUGUGUUUGAAUUUUCAUUUUCUUUGUUCAAUAGUACUAUAUUUCACAGAGUCUUUUCUUCAUUCACUUGCAGUGCAUUGAAUACCUGUAACAUAAACCAACUUCGUGUCGUUUCACAUUUCAACUACUUAUAUAUACGCAAUGUUUCUAACCGAAUAAUUGCUUUAAACACACACACUCUUUGAAUUUUUUGUUGAUGUUGUUGUUUUAUUAGUAUCUUAUUUAACAAGGAGGUUUGGAGGAUUUCUGCUUCUGGGUUUUGAGUUGAAGUAGUGUUGGUUGUUUCUGAAAUCAAGAUUUCUUAUGUUUGAAGUUCUUAAAAUUAUAUUUGAAGAAAAGAGGUUGCUUUGGAAAAUAUGAAGAAUUAGGAUAGUGUCUGUGUUUGUGGAGAGAGAGAGCAUGGUGGAAUUAUGGGUUGUUGCAGCAGCUACUGGUGCAGCAUAUAUAGCUAAGUAUUGGCAGAACUUGUCUGGGGGAAGAGAUGGGUCAUUGGAGUCAUUUUCUUGGAAUUCAAGUCGCAGGCAAUCAGAAUUCCAGAAUUUGUUGCAGCAAAUAGAUCGAACUGGUCCCUACCAUAGAUUGGCACCAAGACGAUUGGAUGGAGAUGUUUCUUCAGAGAGACGAGAUGUUUCGGAUUGGAAAUUUCAAGAAAUGAAUUGGGUCAGUGGUGAUUCAAUGGCUAGAGUAGCUUCUACCAGUGGCGGAAAUAAAGGUUUGGCCAAUGUGGGGAAGUUUUCGGACCAUAAUGUACUUCAAUCAAUGAGUUUGCCAACGGAAUUCAGAGAAAGGGAACGUUUUCAAGAGAAUGUGGAUGAAAUUAGCGCGAGGAAUGAGUUUCUUGGCAAUUUUGGUGAUGCAUUGUUCGAAUUUGCAAAUGGAAGAUUCAUGAGGAGCAAGUCCCUUAGGAGUAGAGGGUCUUGUGGGUUUUUGGUUAAACCUUUAAAUUCUUUAGAAAAUUCCCUUACAGCUCACCUUUAUAGAGAGCGUGCCAAAAUGGAAGAAUAUGUGUUUAGGUCACUUCCAUCACCAUCCACACCGACAGUGAGGCCAUUGUUGGUAACUGAUGGGAGUCGAAUAAUCAGCAGAGCAAGUGGAGAUUCAUUUGGUGUACAUUCUGAGAGUGGGGAAGAUAAGCUGAAGAGCGAAGGCGGAGUGUGCUUGGAAGAAAAUAAUACAAUGUUGAGAAGUUCAUCAUUUCAGCAAACUGGAUUGGUGGAGGUUCCGAGGAAACUGAAACAAAGGUGUGGUAGGAGGCGUUUGAGCAGAUCCGGAGUGCCAUUACAUUCACAAGGAUCAUCCAAUGGACUGCUUAUUUUCUUUAUCGGAAUCACCAUCGGCAUACUAUCUGCUGUUGUAGCAAAUAAAAGAGAAAUGGACAAGUUAAAUGAGCUGUUGAAGAAGAGCAAGGGUUUAGUUCAAGAUCUUCAUGAGGAGCUUGAGAUGAAAGGUAUGCUAACUGUGAAGGAGCUCACAACAGAGGAUAGUCAAUCUCAUAAGACAAUUGGUAGCUUCUCCUUUAACCAGGAUCUGGUUGCACCUUCCUCUAAACGGGAAGUGGAUGAAUCCACGAAAUAUAAUAGCAAAGAGCAAAAAGAUCAGCAGUCAGAGAACCCCGAGUUAAUGAGUGAAAUUGAGGCCGAGCUUGAAGCUGAAUUGGAGAGGUUGGAGCUGAACAUGAAAGCAUCUACUUUGGAGAGAAUAUCUGAUUUUGUCGAGCUCGAUCCAGACUUUGAAGCUGAUGUGGUUAAGGGAGACUUGAAAUUAGAUAUGACCAACGGGCAACCUGGUGAUCCAUCUGACACACACAGUGAUGCAAGUGGCACCUCUACCGGUCAGACAGAUAUGUCUAACUAUGCAGUUUCGCCGCUGAAGCUGAGCUUGCGCCUUCAUGAGGUAAUUGAAUCAAGGCUUGAAGCACGUAUCAAGGAGCUUGAGACUGCACUUGAAAACAGCCAAAAGAAGGUGCAUUCCCUGGAAUCACAACGCAUGAUUUCUCAGGGGGACUUGGUCUGUAGCGAAGUAAGAUCUUCAUCUACCCCAGAAAGUCCAACCAUUACUGAUGAAGAAGGCAAUGACAUAAACUGGCCUAUGGGUAGUAAUUUAUCUGGGGAAGAUUUAGAUGCAUACAAUGAGGCUUAUGAUGGGAUGAUCAGAAUGACAGACACAAAUAACGACACUCCUGACGCGAUAUCUAAUGCCAACAAUAUUGAGAAAGAAAUGCAUCCAUUUCAGACAAAGCUGUUUGAAGGUCGAAAUAAUGGUGAUAAUGCAUCUACUUCACGUCAUGAAAGUGUCACUGAAGAAAGAUGGUCGCGAAGCUUGGUUAGUGAUAUGAUCAGGACUUGGGAAGAGGGGACAUCAAGAAGUCGAGGAUCAUAUGAAGUUGAUGACGACGAUGAUUCUAUGGGGAAGCUUUUGAUAAAACAAGUUGUGGAGAAAACCAGGCAUGGUUCUUCUAUUGUUUUAAAUGGUCAGAUGUGUUUUCGUCAAUGACGAACAAAUAUCAUAAUGAGGAAAUGAGAAAACCAGUAAAUGACAUGUAAAGAAAAUCUUGUACAGAGUUCUUUCAGGAAUUGAAAGUUUUCUUGCUUCAA